UGUAGUUGGCGUUAGUGAUGUCUUAGAAACGGAAUAAAAUCCAUGAUCUAGAGAGAUACGGAAUACUGGUGUACUAAGAAAGAAGAGAACUUUGUACCAAAAGCCCAUAGCUUUUUUGUUUUAAAAAAAUACCAGAAGAUUUGUUGAAAACUCUUGGAAAAAGAAGUUAUACACAGUCGACAACGAAAAACAAGUUGAAAACCCUGAGAAAAGAGAGAGGGGAAUGUGAUUGUAAUUUAAGGUACGAAAACUAGGGUUUUGUAAUUGAAUUCUGAAUUUGAUUGCAAUUGGGUAAGAAAUCAACAUAAAAACAUGGCUCAAAGUGGGAAGCUGAUGCCGAAUCUGGAUCAGAAUGGCACAAAGCUGCUCAAUCUCACCGUUCUUCAGCGUAUCGAUCCUUCCGUUGAGGAGAUUCUCAUUACUGCUGCUCAUGUUACCUUUUAUGAAUUUAACAUUGAACUUAGCCAAUGGAGUCGCAAGGACGUUGAAGGCUCCCUUUUUGUCGUUAAAAGGAACACACAGCCUCGGUUUCAGUUUAUUGUAAUGAAUCGGCGAAACACAGAAAAUUUAGUAGAGAAUCUUUUGGGAGAUUUUGAGUAUGAAAUCCAAUUACCAUAUUUAUUAUACCGCAAUGCGGCACAAGAAGUAAAUGGUAUAUGGUUCUAUAAUGCUCGUGAGUGUGAAGAGGUGGCUAAUCUCUUUGGCAGGAUACUUAAUGCUUAUUCCAAGGUUCCAUCUAAGCCCAACAUAUCUUCAUCUAAAAGUGAAUUUGAAGAACUAGAGGCAGUCCCAACUAUGGCUGUUAUGGAUGGUCCACUGGAGCCAUUGCAGACGACAACUACAAAUGUUCCUGAUGAUCCUGCCUUUGUGAAUUUCUUCAGUUCAGCUAUGAAUACGGGGAAUCCUUCAAUUCCAACAAUUACGGGAGAACUACAGAAGCCUUCUGCAACUUCCAUCCUUGCUAGUCGGCCGAUCACUAUGCCCCCAAUGGUUCCAUCACCACAAAUAGCGUCUACUGCCACCUUAACAUCCGCUUCUUUGCUGUCUCUGCUUGAUACGUCAGAGUCAAACAACAAUUACAACCAUGUGACGAAUCUUGUCAAACCGUCCUCCUUUUCCAGUCUUCCUUCUGCCACUUAUCCAUUGAUGGUGGCACCUGUUUCUUCAUCUGUGCCGACUGCUCCUCCGCUGCACCCUCCUAAUCUUCAACGUCUUUAUGGUGCUCAACUCCUCCAACCAUUUCCUCCCCCAAAUCCACCUCCAUCUCUAACUCCAUCAUCAGCUCCCACUCCUAACUAUGGGCCAGUUGUAAGCAGAGACAAGGUUCGGGAAGCUCUAUUGUUACUUGUUCAGGAUGAUCAAUUUAUUGACAUGGUGUAUCGAACAUUAUUGAAUUCUCACCUCUCUUGAAGGUUGUAAUUCUCAUUCAAGUGUGUUCGAGUAUUUGUGUACAGCAACUUCCAUGACUACCAGUUUGAUGGGAAAAAAUGUAAUUACCUUUUUCUUGAACAAAAAAAAACAUUUCCUUGCCAAGCUGGUGUUCGAUAUAUGUGUGUAAGAUGAGUUGUUUGUCUCUUUUUUUUAAGAAAGGAAAAUUUUAAUAGUCACCUUUUGUGUAUAUCACUAUUUUUUUCUCACGAUUAUCCUUGAUGAGAUAAAGUAUGAAGUUGGCACAUUAUUUUUGGUAUAACUUGACGAGUUAGUUAAAUACAUUGGCUUUCUUUCAA